AUGCCAGGCUUAGGAGACUCACACACCCACUUUACCUGGAAUGGGGGCGAUCUGGACCGACUGGGAGAUCUUGGCAUCGAGGAACAUACGCUUCUCACUGCGAGAAGUGCCGAAUGCUUCUUAGACUCCGGUUACACUAUGUGUUUCGGGGCUGCAUCUGCUAAGAAACGCUUAGAUGUAGUUAUCCGAGAUGCAAUCAACGCAGGCGAUAUUUCAGGACCCCGAUUCUUGGCUAAUGGCCAAGAAAUGGCAAGAAGAGGAGGAGAACUUGUUGGGGGAAUUACUGCAUAUGCAGAUGGUGCAGAUGAGAUGAGAAUGAUCACGGAGAUCAGAGAUGCGGAGGAUUGUUAUUUCACACAAGAAGAGACAGAAGCGUGUGUCGAUGAGGCACAUAAACAUGGAAAACGGGUUUGCUCUCAUGCCCGGGCUCGAGACUCUGUUCAACAAAGUAUUGAUUGUGGAGUGGACGUGAUCUAUCAUGCCUCCUAUAUAGAUCAAAAGGGGAUGGAUGCGCUCGAAAAGAACAAAUCAAAACACAUCGUGGCGCCUGCUAUCAACUGGUUAAUUGCCACCCUUCACGACGCCGCCAUGUUCGGCUAUUCCACGGAGAAGGCCGAGCAAGUAGGCUACCAAAAAGAGCUUUCUGCCGCCGACCGUGCUAUGCGCGAGAUGCAUCGUAGAGGAAUUGUGGUCCUCCCUGGAGGCGAUUAUGGAUUUGCGUGGACACCACACGGUACUUAUGCGCGAGACCUCGCCCAUUUUGUCAAUCGUUUUGGCUUCACACCUCAUGAGUCGAUUAUCGCAGCAACAUAUGGCAUGGCGAAGUUAUUCAUGCGCUCUCACGAAAUGGGCCAAAUCAAAGUAGGUAACUAUGCGGACUGUCUGGUAGUUGAUGGAGAUCCACUGAAGGACAUUACCAUCCUUCAAGACCACGAUCGGUUGAAUAUAAUUAUAAUCAACGGACGUGUUCACAAAGCAGGCCCCAGAGAGUAUGUGGUUCCCCUGCAGGAUCUGGCGGGCAUGCAUUCCGUGAUAGAUGGAAUGGCUCAUUUGGAGGUACCACAUCCGAUCUCAUCUUGA